UUUGUUGAUGUGUCACGAACUACAGUGAAAGAGAAUUUGUAUUUCUUGGAGACUUUGAUGGCUAAUUUUUAUUCUUUAAAUGGAAGACGCCUGAGAAUCGGAAAAGUUAGUGUAGUGAUCGGUGCACGAAUUGUCAUCGAAAAAAGUCAGUGUAAGUACUUCAUAAUGCCAGCAAAAUGAAAUAGAAUCCGAGAUGAAAGACGUCCACAAGAGCGCAAAUAAUUACGUUUCUUCGAUGUACCCACGAAAAUGAGGCAGAAUAAGAUAGAGAUUGACUCCCCACCAGCCCGCAGGAAGACCCAUUUUCGAUUUAUUUCUAUUUCCGGUUCGUCAACAUCCACUCCGUGUUUCGUCAUUUGUCAACAUAAAAUGUAGUAGACGAGGACUCUGUUUAGCAUGUUGUGUUGUCUCAUCAUUCUAUGUGAUGUUUUAUGUCGUCGAUGAUAAGUGUAAGUUUCCACCAAAACCAAUAGAAAAAGUAGAAAAUCGCUACUGAUAAAACUAGUCAUCAAUAUCGCGUCCGCAAAGUAGUUCUAGUCUGUUGAAGAUUUUCUCUCGUUUGGAUUUAUGUAAAAGCAGGUGUGAAAAAUAAGAAUGGAUCAUGAUGAAGGACAUGCUUACUAAUCGAUCGAUGAAGACCAACAUGGUCGUGAUCGUGUAAGCGGAAGCCGCGCCGCCUCAGGCACUACUGGUACAGCGCAUUCUGGUAGGUGAAAUUAGUGUAACUGGAUUUUGAUUUAUAUAUUUGGAAGGAGCGGCAUCAAGACCGCAACUAGAUAGUUGCAUUAAGUUUUUAGGCUUAACCAACCUACUUUGCAAUUUUUCAUUUUGGGGUCUUCUCUAUUUUUCGCUGGGGGAUAGUAGUAAUAUUUGGAGGUAAAUUAAAAAACAGACAACGACCCCGCGAAACUCUCACUCUUCCACUUCUGACUCGCGAACUUAUGAACUUACGAACUUACGAACUUGGUUAGAUUUCGCGCAGAUGGGUGCGAAGUUUAAAAUUUGCUCGAUAAAGUCAAAACCUUCACAAUUUGAACGCAAAAAGUUGAAACCUUUCGAAAGUUCAUGGCGAUGCCAAGAUCGUGCGAACUUAUGGGCUUGGUCAGAUUUCGCGCAGAUGGGUGCUAAACUUAAAACCUACGCGAUAAAGCCAAAACCUUUACAACUUGAACUCAAAAGGUUGAAACUUUUCGAGAGUUCAUGGCGAUGCCACGAAGUUGAUAACUUUUAUCAUAUUUUUUCAACAGCAACCAUAAUGGGAAUGAGAUAGGCAAAAAAUCAACAACGACCCCUCCAACAUCCGAACCCAACGCACACCGAACCGAAAACACCCGAGCCGAAGACACUGGAACCAAAAACAUGCGACCGCCAUCGCAAACUUUUCCGCUUCUUUUCUCAUGAACCAACAAACACAACACACGAACACACGAACCCCCCGCAUGACGUCGAGCAUUUAUUGAAAGCAAGCACGCUGUGGCUCAAUUUAUUUCGUGGGCGUUAAUAUCAAAAACUUUGUGCAAAAAGCCUAUGCUGCCGACGGUUGUCGGGCGGGGGAGGACCCGGGGAAGCGGAAUCGUGCCGGGGUUGAGGAAGUGCGUGCCGGGGGUGGAUGAUCCUAGUGGGAGGAGUGCUGCCGGGCGCUCAAGUCUAGCAGGUUGAUGCAACUGCUGCCGUUGUCGUCGUCCUCUAGUGCGCCAAGACCAAGAGAAGCGUUCUGCCCUUUGCCUGAGAACUACACCACCCCCAAAUGCAAAAGGCCCUUAGUUAUUUCCUUGUUUUCUUUCCUUACAAGAACAUGAAGUACACCAGGCGAUUAUAGCUGGUUAAGUAGUUGGGCUCUUUUCAAUUCAGGACGGAGAGGCAGUAAGUGAUCACAUUAAUUGAAAUGACCUCGCGCAUUCAACAUUCAUUGUCAUUGAGUAACGAGUCGCCUGUCGGAGGACGCGUAGCCUAGUUUGUUAGUGAAGAGGGUGACAGGGGGGAGAGUCAGCCGACCCCGAUGCAGACGGUUCCGACGCCACGAACAACAGAUGAAUAGCUGCAGAUGAGAGACCUCAGGACAAGAGCGAUGGAACAAGAUAAAUAUUUACACGCUGCUUGUUUGAUUGGCAGAGUCGUGUAUAAGUAUAAAGAACGCCGUGACUAUGUGAGUAAGUGAAUACACCGAAACCAGGAAUCUAGUCAAAAGAAGACGUGCGCGGUCCUUCAGAGGCGGUGAUCGGUCUAGUGUAGCUUAGAGACUAGGACUUAGCGUAGCGCCACCAGCUCUAGGACGUAGUUUUGUUUUUGGAUCUUCAGCAGCCACUCAUGUCUGCCAGUUUUCCUGGUAGGCCCACACCUAACCUAACCUAACAGAGAAGAAAAGGCAUUCUUGUAACGAGUUGCUGAGUGUAUCAAUCUACUCUUAGACUGAUACAGUGAGAAGAUGAAGAUUGAAGAAGAGGAAUACUAUUGAUUCGGUCUGUCAGCACUCAGCCAUAACCCGUCAUUGCGUGCGAUCCGAGGGCUAAUUUUGAGUGUAUGUGUGUGCUAGAAACAAAUGAGGGAUGAUAUACGGAUGAUUGAUAGCAUCCAUGAAGAAUUCGGAUUGAGAUUGUUGAGGUAGGAGGUACUGAAGAUUGUCGUAACAUACAACUUAGCGUUAGCUGUUACUUCUAGAUGUUGAAGAGGGAGGACAUCUUUUUCAGUCUCAGUCAAGGAUAGAGUAGACCAAUGCUGCAACAUGAGCGAUGAGAGCACCAGUGACGAAUCGUGAGGUUCUAUAGAUUCCCUGUAUUGUGCUAUAUCUGUCGUGAAUUCCCUCUCUUUUCUCUAGUUCCGUAAGCUGGUCGAUGGAGUACUUAUGUAUCCGGAAUCUAUGGUAGCUUGCUUCAUCUUUGUAUCAAUCUGAUCCUGUAUGUACUCGACAAUCAGCAUAACAAGAAAGCUUUCAUCACCUCCCAAGAAUCAUCGCUAGGUGUAGUUUGCGGAAGAUUUACCUCUGUCCCAUGCUCUAUUUUGUUUGCAGACUCCAUUCUUUUCGUUUUUUGGCUUUUUGAGGUCCAUUAUGUUCCUUCAUCCACGACAACCAAUGAAGAUAAAGUUUUCUUUCGUUUCAACUACAAAUACAAUUAACUAGCAAUGAAUCCCUCGCCUCUACUCUCCUAACAUUUUGACUUAUGAUAUCUCACACUCACUAGUAGUUUUCGAAAAGACCGCAGUUUAUCAUCAUUCCAUUGUUUGUUCUCUGGCUUACAUACAAGUAUAUUAUCCACGAUGUAGACCUAGACCUGAGAUAUUGGUAUUGUUAACCUUUUGUAAGCAAGGAGGUUAAAAAUUGAGUCUCUGAAGAUAUUCUCUAGCAACCAGUGAUCCUACCAAUUACUUCAUAGUCAAUAAUAUUGAUACACAAACUGCUUGUCUGUGUUUUUCUAUAUAAUACACAAUUACUUCAUAGUCAAUACUUCUUGUCUGUGGUAGUUUUCAUAACCGCGUCUGUCAAUGUGUGAAAGACCUGAUAUUUGUUUAGAUGGCAUUCUUCGUUAUAUUCGUGGCACCACUGCUGACUACUGUUGAGUUUUUCUUUCCAUAAAGGCAGAUUUUUGAAAUUCAAUGUUAAUCGUGCUCGCUAUAGGAUUACAGAUUUUUGGCUUCAUUUGCACGGAAAGCGUCAAGAUCGCGGGUGGAUGGCACACCUUAGUUGUACUAGAAGGACGUCCACGCACCUACCUCUACCACUUCUUUGUAAACAGCUAAGCAUGAUAUUUCUAGUGGAUACAAGUGCCUGAAGAUUUCUAGUUGUGGUUUUUCUUUCGGUAGAUUAUACCAACAGAUAUUUUAAGUCUCGGAAGUAGUAGCAUAGGGAGGAGUGUGUGGUUCAUUAUCUACCUUCCAUGAACUUAGGCGAUCAUGACUUACUAGUAUUGCUCAAGGAAGAAGGAAGAGAUAGGACGAGUUCGUACGUCUACGGACAAAAAUAUCUUCCUUUUUUAAAUUAAUAGAGAUAGUCGUGGACUACCUUUGAGGAAACGGGUGGUGAAUUCAAAAAUGCCAAAGAUUAUGAAGAUGGAUGGUCAGAUAGAGGAAUCUGCCGGAUCAAUGGCAGCCGAUGGGAUUGCGGGCGGCAGGUAUUCAUCGAUAGACUGAGAUGUGGCUACUACAAACACAACUUGUGCUAACUUGGUCCAUUGUUUUUGUUCUUUAGGUUGAAGAGUCAUGCUCGUCUUAAUUUCAUGGCAACACUUCGUGCUUGUCCUAUGUCGUUUGUUUUAUUUUUUGUGGUUGUGCUGGCUCGUACAUUCCGGUUUUUCUUAUCGAGUUUCUUUUCCAGUAUCAUGUUUGGUUUAGUUUCAGUGUUAUCCACGUUAAUAUGUUAAUCUCAAGACUUGAUCAUGAUUUCUAGGAGAAGACAUGUUUCUUUUCCUUUCUUCCUAAACUUCAGCAGCGCGCAGGAUGUUGCAGACAGCGUGGGUAAGAUCUCACCACUGUCAGACGAAGCGGGCGCAAACGUGGUGUCAACUACAGGAGAUACCACUAUGAACACGUUUUCUCUCGAAGAGUUGCUUGGUACGCAUUCUUAGAGUUACUCAAUUUUUUGGUUCUUCCUGAUUCGUUGUAACAAACAUAUACAUAUUCGUCGUCAAUCAUAAUAAUUUAGCAGCUGAAACUGAGUUCAUCAAGAUCGAUGUUCAUGUAGUGGAUGUCAAGUAUGAAAACCGUUGCAAUCUAGGUUUUUCUUGUCUUUACAUAAUUCAGAGUGGGCCUUGAUGUCCUUACAUAAUCCAGAUUUAUUCUAUUUCAUUAUCUUCAGGUAUUCCGGAAACGCCGGGUUCCUUUUCUGGGGACAGCGAUGAGCCAAAGCAAGCUGCGUGGGCCGCUGACCAUGGCAUCCUCGACAUGGAUGCUCUCUUCGCGGCCGCAGAAGAACCGCCGCCGGCCGCUGCGACGUCUUCAAGCUCAUCUGUUGGAGGCGCUGCUCCCGUACUCAGUGGAUCCGGGGAAACCACAGAGAUGAACAACAACGCGCAGGACAUCAAUGCCGAUGAGGAAAUGCCUGCUGCAGAUGCAGUGAAUGAUGUGGAAUUCGAUCCGAUGGCACCGCCAGCAGUAACUACUGGCGAGGUCGUCGAAUUUGAUCCUACUGCAGUUCCCUUCUUUGACGCAAAGAGUGACCAUACGGAUGAAAAUGAGCUAGGAGCAGAUGGAGGUUAGACAUUUAAAUGAAUUCAUUUUUUGUAGAUGUUGCACUGGUUUGAAGUUCUUGAUGAAAGACCGAUCAAACAGAAUAAACGAAAAGAAUAAGUUAAAGUGUUUCUCCCCUGAUCUUGUCAAUCUUUUAAUUUCCUAGAUCGUUCCGGGGGGCAGCCAGACGGCUUGCUUGCGGAUCAGGCACUCCUUGCAGCGAUUCUACCUCCUGUGUGUGAGGACGACGAGGAAUUCGAAGAUGUCGAAGGCGACUCGUGGGCACCACCACCCGGUGAAGCCACAACGCCGGCCGCACCGCCAACAACCGGUAUCUAUUGUAUAAUUGGGUAAGUCUAAUGGUGAUGUCCAUGAAGAUCUUAGAUGUUGGUAGUAUAGCUCUAGCAGUUAAGAGUAGUCAGAGGUAGACCACGACCGACAUGUAUUAUCAAAUCUAGAAGACCGAAAGAAAAUGUGUAUGGUUCUGGUAUUUGGUAACCACCUGAAUUUGAUCAUAAGGGUUCUCUUCUUGUUUUCUCUUAUGAUCGAAUUCUGGUUACCAAAUACCGGAACCAUUCAAAAUGUGGGUGAGUAGUCAUGAGGAUGAGAAUACGAAAUCAAUAUCAACUCGUAAACUCCUAGUAAAAGAAUAAAAUUCUCCAUCGUGUUUGAGUUUGUUUCCGUUAUCUACUUUCAACCUUGAGCAUUCGAGGAAAUCGAAAAACUAGCACACAACCUUAUUCCAGGUGACAAAGACAACAAAAGAAAGAGCGGCCCUAAACCGCCGCCUGCGCCUUUACCAGCAGGGGAGAGUAGAAGAACUCCAAAGGCAAAGGGCAUUGUGGUGGGAACGAAUCCUUCUGGGCCGAGUCGCGGACCACGUCGAGCACCAUCUGGCAAGGAGAUCAAGUUAGUGCCCCACCCGCUUGCGCCGAGUACAAGUACAAUAGAAAACUUCAAAGUUAAAGCUACCUUCUUGCUUGAAAUAGAAAUUGAUUAGUCGAGGAGGAGAACCGAAUGGAUGAAGUAGUGAGGUGAUGAGUGUGGCAGAAGACGACGAGUUAAACUUAUAGAUAUCUUUUUCAUUUUCCUGCUUGACGAGACCUCCUAGGUAGAACCUAUUUUAUCUAAAUUUUUCUAUUCCAUUCAGAUGAUGAUAACUACGUGGACAGCAGAAGGUUCAACCUGCUAAGUUUUGAGGAGUUUUGUGAUCUCCAUGACAGAAAGGUUUACGAUAUGUGUAGGGACGCGGGAUUUGACCCCGAGUUACGGAGUACGCAAGAGAAAACCGGUCUCGUCCUUUCCAAGGUACUAUAGUUGUUAUGAUUAUGUCGAACAACUCUGCAUCUAGUACUUCUGCUAACUCCUUUUAUUCUCGAACGAUAAAAUAAAGGUAACAGAAAGUCAGAAUCAACUUCAGUCCUUUGAAAAGUCGUGUGUCAACAAAACUAAAACAGAAUACUCCGGACGUGGCCAUGAGGCAACUUUACGCGCAACUGUCGUGGCGCGCAAUGGACGAUAUCAGGGAACGCGAGAGCGCGAACACCAAGACAAGGCCACCAGCGACAAGCGGCGAGGACACCGAACCGCCGAAAAUCGUCACACCCCGACCAACAGCAUCCGUCAUUUCACCUACCGCUGCUAUGUACUUUUUCAUGGCGCUAAAGCUGAAGUAGAUAAUUUUCAUGGAAUAUGUCGUAUUAAUACAAUGAAGUUGAAGGAAGACAUGACGAGUUGUGCUGUCGGUCUUUCGCGUGAAAAGGAACUUCUAGCAUUAGCAAGACUGGUAGUACUUCUACUAGUAGGAUAUUCCAUUUUGUUUGUGUUAUGUGUAUGUAGUCUUGUCGAUUGAUGUUUUCAUCUACUUUCCGUUAUGAAGUAGAAGAAAUUGCCUCCCCACCCAUUGCACCAUCAGGAGUAACAACCCCCCGUCUUUUCCUGGAGGCAAAGGCGACACUUUACCUGUGCCGAAGCCGUCCCCAAAGCAGGAUGAUGCUAGGGGCGGACCCUAUUCGAAGCAGCUGCAGAGCGACACUUAUAGUAGUCGGUCUACAUGGCGGCUCGAGGACCGAGGCAAGGAUGCCGCCGCGAAGAGAGAAGCAAAGAAGCAACCGGAAGUGAUGCCAAUCUCUGCUACCACCGGCGGGGUGAGCCGGACAACGCCAUCGGGGACUAGCACCAAGGGGGGUGGGACCAGCGACCCCGAUCGGCCCACCUACAAAAAAGGCGAAAAGAUGAACGGCUCCGCCUCCAGCAGCAUGGAAGGAAUGUACGACUACGACUACGCACCGUACUCGAAAUACCUGAAUAGCAAGAAGGCAGCGAAAAAAGGGCUUCUCGAAAAGUUGCUCGGCGGCGAGGGUAAAGGCGGCUACUACGACUUCUCCGCGUUCAAAGGGACAGGUAGCGGAGAGUCAUCCAGCUUUAACGAAGACUUCGCUGCGAAGUACUAUGAACAAGACGGCGCAGCAGGGCCUCUCAGUGCCAUGGCUGCUUUGGCAGACGCUUCUGCGAGGGCAGCGGCAGACAAUUCCUGGGGCGCGGGCAGCGAUUACGAGAACUAUGGUUCAUCUUCGUAUUCAACCGGAGGUGGAACUCUCGGACUCAGUGCGAGCGCAGCUGCUACUGCAUCUGCUUUGCUGGCGGGAGCAGUUGGGGGGAGCAGUGCUGCAGCGGGACCGGAUUCAACGUCUGACUCAUCUUGGGGUGCAUGGGACCCGUGGGGCCCAGUCGGACGAAAAAAAGGCGCAAUUCUCGCGAAGAAGGGGAUCUUGAAGGGGAAGGCUGCCGCAGCCCUGAAGGGCAAAUGGGGUGGAGGUACAGGGUCCGACUCUGACGGAGGAGGCAAACCGAUGCCAAGCGGCCAAGAUCUUCUUCAAGCGUCGUGGUACUACAAUGGCCAGGAGAAAUCGGAUCUCAUCAGCCAAGAUCUGCACUCGGGAGCCGCGCAAUCGAGUGGCGGCAGCGGCACAGACCAGUCUGGGAAAACACCGCGGGCAGCACGGAGGCUAGCCGCAGACGACCACGGUUUGCUCGACCACCCGUACCCGUCAGGCCGAUCAAGCGGAGAACAUCAGUACGAGGAGAAAGGGGGAGGUAAAUCUCAACCUUCUACUGCAUCAAAGGGAACAUCAGGAGAUCAACAACAUCCGAUGUACAAUGGAAGCGGCGGAAAAGGCGGAGGAGCUGCGAAGGGAGAAUCAGGAAGCGGCAAGGCGUCGCAAUCGCCCCACGGACCUGUGCUGCCUUUGCCAAGCGGGCUCGCAGUUCCGGCACACUCUCACUCAGAGGAAGAACUAAUGAUCGAGCGCGAAGCGGCGCGGGCGCGGGCCUCGGCUACGGAGGUGGACCCUGCAGUCGUUAUAGUCAAGGGUGGGCGUAAAAAAGGCAGCUCGCCAAAUACCGAUACAGGAGCUUCCGGCGGCGCGGCAACGCUGUUACAUAACAGCGCCACGGCGUCCGGUGGCGGGGGCAGCGACCGGGAGCAGACAGGAGCUGGUGCUGCCUCAAACUCAAAUAGCGCAAGCGGCGCACCUGCCUGGCGACGAGAGGAUAAAGGCAAAGCGAAAAACAUGAUCAAAGGCGGCUAUCUUCUUUCUCUGUCAUCAGCAUCAGUAGGAGGAGUGACUGGCCCACCAAAAAGCAGUUCUGAAGAUUGGGAGAACGACAGGGUGCCGCGCAGUCGUGCCGGUAAGGACAAGGAGCCUUGGGCAGGUAAGGACAAAGACUACUGGAGUGCGAGAAAGAUCAAAGGCGGCGUUGCUGUGGGUUCCAAAGAUGAUGGAAAAAAGGGAGCACCACCGACUGGAUCCGAUCAUGACCGAGACUACUUCAGCGGCAAGGACAGGGACCGAGACUACAACUACGGGGGAGGAAAAGACAACGGUGGACGCGAUCGUGACUACUACGGUGGAGGUAAAGAAAGAGACUACUACGGCAAGGAACGAGAGCGCGAUCGGGACUAUUACGGUAAAGAGCGAGAUCGUGACAGUUACUACGGUGGAAAGGCCGGCAAUUACCGAGAUCUGCCGCGCGAUAAAUACUACAGCGGGAAGGACCGAGAUCCGUACAAGUACAGAGGUGGUGAUGAUCACAAGGGUGAUUAUUACGCAGGAAAAGAUGUAGGUUGGCCAGGGAAGGGCAGCAUUGGCGAUAACACCAAAGAACAUAUAUUCAGAGGAGGCGGCGGCGGUGGAAGACAGUACUUGGAUUCAAUUUAUAUUUUUUUAUAAAUUUGAAUUUGACUUUGAUGUCCAGGUUGGUUUGUUGAGCAUAGUAUAAAGAAACGAAUACCCUGGGUCAGUUGAAUUUCUUGUGGGAAGAAGACGACAUCGAUUCUCAUUUAAUGUUUUUCUUGUGAUAGUGAUCAUGCUUUUGUUCGCUGAAUAUUUUCUGCAUCUUCCCAAUCGAUCAAUGUAAUGAGUUAUAUGGUAUCUACUAUUAUACUUCUAGUGCUUGUCGUCUCGUCCACUAAUUUUCCGUCGAAUCCUCCAAUAGCGUUUGUUCAUUCAUUCGAGCAACUCGUUCUCGUUUUCACAGGUCUUUUCCGGAUCCGGGCCAGGCUGGAAUCGCCGAAGUGAUGCAUGAUGCAGCACCACAGCCUCCGGGGAUCGAUCAGAGCGGUGCGGACGCCUUGAUCGCCUAUCUUGACGGAAAAAUUAUUGCGGACGAGUGA